CCCCCCCCCCACGCGCCCACCCCUGCCUUCCCGAAUAACUAUGCAAAUUUCCCACGACCAGGAAGUGAGCAGCAAACGCUCAGCCAGGGGCGAGCCGGGCAACUCGUUUAAGUUCCUCUCUGCACAGGAGUGGGGCUAGCCGCGCUAAGAAUGAAAGUUUCGAGGUCGUCUUCUCUGGGUUUUCGAGUCCACUGGCAAGAAUCCUGAGCUGCCUGAAUUUGAGCGACGCACCUACCGGCUGUGGCUUCGCUCCCACCCCUGUGGGCUGAAGCAACGGUGGGAUUAGUUGAACGGCCCCAAAUCUUCACGUUCAGGAAAGAAAUAUGGGAUGUAUAAAAUCCAAAAGAAAAGAGAAUCUUCAUGGAGAUGGGCUAGAUAUGAAGAACCAAUCAGUACGUAAAACUGAAAGAACUAUUUAUGUGAGGGAUCCAACGUCCAAUAAACAGCAAAGGCCAGCAAAUACAGACGCACUUUUACCAGGUCAGAGGUUCUUUCCAGAAGCAGAGGAGAAGGAAUUUCAUUCCAUUGUAGUUGCCUUGUACGCUUACGAUGGUCUUCAUGAAGAUGAUUUGUCCUUCAAGAAAGGAGAAAAAAUAACAGUUCUUGAAGAACAUGGAGAAUGGUGGAAAGCUAAAUCCCUCUUGACCAAGAAGGAAGGCUUUAUCCCCAGCAACUAUGUUGCAAAGGUCAACACCUUAGAAACAGAAGAAUGGUUUUUUAAAGAUAUAACCAGGAAAGAUGCAGAGAGGCAACUUCUAGCACCAGGAAAUAGUCCUGGAUCUUUCCUUAUCAGAGAGAGUGAAACAUUAAAAGGUAGCUACUCACUGUCCAUUAGAGACAGUGACAAUCAACAUGGUGAUGUUGUGAAGCACUACAAAAUAAGAAGUCUAGACAAUGGAGGAUAUUACAUCUCCCCUAGAAUUACCUUUCCCUCCAUCAGUGACAUGAUUAAACAUUAUCAAAAGCAGGCAGAUGGCUUAUGUCGAAAGCUGGAGAAAGCAUGCAUUAGUCCCAAACCACAGAAACCAUGGGACAAAGAUGCCUGGGAGAUUCCUCGGGAUUCAAUUAAAUUAGUCAAAAAGCUUGGAGCAGGCCAAUUUGGCGAAGUCUGGAUGGGUUACUACAAUAACAAUACCAAAGUAGCGGUUAAAACUCUGAAGCCUGGUACUAUGUCUGUGCAAGCUUUUAUGGAAGAGGCCAAUCUUAUGAAAUCACUUCAACAUGACAAGCUGGUCAGACUGUAUGCUGUGGUCACCAAAGAGGAACCUAUUUAUAUAAUAACAGAAUACAUGGCAAAAGGCAGCUUGCUGGAUUUUCUGAAGAGUUCAGAGGGUGGGAAAUUACUGCUUCCAAAGCUGAUUGACUUCUCAGCUCAGAUUGCAGAGGGCAUGGCAUAUAUAGAAAGGAAAAACUACAUACAUCGGGAUCUGAGAGCAGCUAACGUUUUAGUUUCAGAAUCACUGAUGUGCAAAAUUGCUGAUUUUGGACUAGCUAGAGUAAUUGAAGAUAAUGAAUAUACAGCCAGGGAAGGUGCAAAAUUCCCUAUCAAAUGGACGGCACCAGAAGCUAUUAACUAUGGCUCAUUUACUAUUAAGUCUGAUGUGUGGUCUUUUGGAAUUCUCCUAUAUGAAAUCAUUACGUAUGGAAAAAUUCCUUAUCCAGGGAUGAGUAACUCUGAUGUAAUGGUAGCUCUUCAGCGGGGUUAUCGUAUGCCGCGUAUGGAGGCUUGCCCAGUUGAGCUCUAUGACAUCAUGAAAACAUGCUGGAAAGACAAAGCUGAAGAGAGACCAACUUUUGAAUAUUUACAGAGUGUGCUUGAUGACUUCUACACAGCUACAGAAGGACAAUAUCAGCAGCAGCCAUAACAAAAGGGGGCUGCUGUUCCCCCACUGAUACUUUGGAUAAAAAAAUGUAGUUGAGGCAGUUACUUUGGAUAUAUUGGAAUACGUGUAUCACUUGAUUCCUGAAACUAAAGGCUGCAAUUCUGCUGGAAGAAUAUGAACAAUGUAAAUUAUCAUCAUCCUGCUUAAGGUUAAAAUCCACUAUUAAUGCUUCCUUUGCAUUUUGCUUAAACAAACAUCCAGAUGAGAUGAGAUGAGCUUUGACUCAGAAGUCAAAAGGAAAAUACCGCCAUGCCAGUGCUAAACAUAAGGAAGAAACAGCUGCAAACAUAAUGAACAAAUGCAAGUAUAUGAAGGCAAUCAGAAUUGCAGCAAAUGGCCCUGCAGUACUGUGCAUCGUUAAAAAAAAGUCUGUAUCAGGGCCAAAUCUGAUGUUGCACAGGAAACAUCUGAAUGUCUCCUAGCAGAAUGUCUUAACAGAAGCUUCAGGGGCUACUCUUGGCAGCAGAAGAGCAGUGGUGGGAGGUACAGGAGAGGGGAAACAGUAGCUACUUAACUUUUCCCCUCCUGCUGUUUGUCUAUUAAAAAUUCCCACCCAAUGUUUUUCAGCUGGAGGACCUUGUAUCUUUUUACUCCUGUGGGGACAAUAUUAGCUGAAGUUUUGCAGCAGGUCACCAAGGUUUAAAGCAUAGAACAAGUAAUGGUGUCACUCCCUCUCUUAUAAAUCCUAAAUACCAAAAUAGUUCACUAUUCAAAGGUUCAAUGUAUGGAAUUUGAAAUACAUUUUAUAACUGAUAAAAAAACAUUAUAUGUGAUGGAGAGAAUAGUUUAAACCCACUUGAUAAAGGUAAAUGGUUACUAGUCGGUGGAAUUCUUUAUUUCAUGAGGCUCCUAAUACUUUUUUUCUAUAGACUUUUUAAAAAAAAAAUCACAUCCAUCUCCUAGUACUAAAUGUGCCUUGUUGCAAUUGAUUAACAGUAUCGAGGAAGCUGGUUUCAUUGUACAACAACUUCGGAGUUUUUACUAUUCUCAUUCUUGAAUCUUUACAUUUUAUCAAAUGUAGUGUUACAAAAGGCACAAGUAAAACGUAAAUUUCUUCUUAGGAAGUAUAACUUGCUGUUUGUACAGCCAAAGAGUCUGGUAUAUUUGCACACACAGGCUUGGAACCAGUCUAAUGUUUCCAUGCACAGAAGCAGCUCUUUACUGCUGCUCCCCCCCCGCCCCCCACUGUAGCCUGAUAUGCUCCUCCUGGAGAAUGUAGGAUAUGCUGCUCUUAGCAACAGCAUGAAGGGGGUGGGUGAGUCUGAGGACAGAAUUUGUUAAAAAUCACACAAAUAGCAUGUGUGAUAUUUGACAAGAUCCAACCCAUUAUCUAGAAUGAAAAAUCAGAUUAAAGAUCUUCAUGGAUACAGGUUUGGGAUUCAAGUCAAAAACUAGAUGAGAGAAUUGUAUGUGAGUUAACUUUGGUAAUCUUGUUAUUCUGUACAUCUACUUUUUCCUCAAUUGAACUGUUUUCUUUUUAUCAUUAUAAGAUUGGGAAGACAAUGGUAUUAAGGAAAUGUUUAUUCACAGGAUGGUUACUAUAAGGAAUAUGAUUCUAUUCAGUUGCAAACACAUUUUUUUUAAAAAAAUAAUAAACAUGCUAUUUACUAUUUUCAAAUGAAGGAAUCCAGUUGGCAGACUGGUAACCAGUAUGUCAACCUGUAAAUAUUUACAUGAUGUGAUUUUAAUAAAUAUGCAUUC